UCUAAUGUUGAUAAUGUCAAUCUCAUAGGAUUUUACGCGAGAAUAACGAAUGCGGACGAAAUCCAUAAUAAAGUUUUCGAGUACGUCAAGGUUUUAGCGCGGCCUAUGGUACUGUAUCAGCAUGACCAUCCCCUUCACUGGAGUCCUGCUUACGUAGGUGGAAAAAGUAGUAGAUACGGCAGAGAAAAUCGGGGCCAAUUGAUGACGUCUGUGACAGCUCCGAUUUUGGAUCGCCGGAAUUAUACGGUGAAAACGGCUAAUUUAUUGGGUAUUGUCGGUACCGAUGUACCUGUCGAGGAGAUUCAGAAACUCGUGCCGCCUUACAAGUUAGGAGUUAAUGGAUAUUCGUUUAUUGUUGACAAUAAUGGCAGAGUUCUGUAUCAUCCUGACCUGCGGCUUCUCCCUGGAAACACAGAAUACGAUGAAACGUUAAAACCUUCGUAUAUAAGCGUGGAUCUAUCGGAAGUUGAACUCGCAGAAUACGAUGGCCCUUCGGCUCCUCCGAACAACUCGCUUCUGCUCGAUCUGAGACGUGACAUGAUCGAUCAAAAGGAAGGAGAGACAGACUUUACAAUCAAAAUACAUUAUGACGAUAUGAAAAGAGUUACGAUUAGACGACACAACUAUUUUUACAAGCCGAUCGAGGGUACCCCGUUUUCUUUAGGCUUGGCCCUGCCGGAAGGUUACGGUAUGUUUGAAUUGAGGGCCGAGCAAGAAAUCAAGCACGCCAUCGUGAAUGUAACGGACUAUUUCAAGGGAAGCAACUGGAAAGUGCAUCCCGAUUGGAUUUACUGCGAAUAUAAUUCGGCUUCCGAUAAGUUCUUUUCCUCCCCGGAAGACCGCGUGCUGCACUUCCUGACACGGACGCGCCGCCCGGGGUGGAAAUGGAUGUCCUUGAGACCAAGGAGUCCUAGCUCGCAUCAUAAACAAGCGAGCAAGCCGGAUAAAGAUUCUUAUUAUUGUGAGUACACAUCGUAUAUACCAAGUGCACAAAUGAGCAACCGUCCAACAUUUCAUUUCACAAUAUUAUCUUUUAUUGCAUAUUUUUAUUACAUUUUAUUAUUGUGUGUCUCCACCGCUAGCCCUAUUGCCAUACUGAUGGCUCUACUGCACAGUCAGGGCAAGGGUAGAUUCGGCGUCACCAGGAGCUUUAUCGCGACCAGGAGCGGACUUCUGCGAUGGCACGAGCAUCAGCAGAACGAGGGGAACGCCGAGGAACCGCGGUUUGACGAAAGACAUUCGAGAGCCAUGGAUUCAUCGUGGUACAAACGCGCGGUGGAUCAACACUCCAUAGAGCCGGAAAGCUUCGUCUUCAGCGUGCCGUUUGACGCAGCGGAUACACUAGAUCCACUCGUUACCGCCACUCAUGCCAUAUUUAUCGGGAGGGGUCACAAAGCACCAGCUGCGGUGGUGGGUUUGCAAUUUCAACACACGUCCUUGGCGACUCACUUCGUGAACAUCACUUCGACGUGUACCGGUAUGACAGGAUGUAAAAAGAAUUGCGCCUCGGAGGAUCUCGACUGUUAUAUUCUUGAUAAUAAUGGAUUCAUUAUCAUAAGCGAACGUCAUGAGCACACUGGAAAGUUUUUCGGUGAGAUAGAUGGAACUAUAAUGGAUUCUUUGGUGCAAGAUAGGAUAUUUAGAAAAGUGACCGUCAUAGAUUAUCAAGGGACUUGCAGCCCUCAGGAAUCUCAUCAGUCAUCGGCGCCGCGGAGUCUAUCCAAUUCUAUCGUAACAACGAUGACGGCAUUCGGCAAAUUUCUUUGGGCUCUGACUUUGAAUCUCAGUAUUCAAGAUUUAUGGCGAACAACACUGGCGUUCGCUAACGAUGCGAUGGACGGUAAUUAAAAAAAUACAUUUAUACUCUUACACGACUAAACGAAACGAUGAAUCGUAUGAAUUCAAAAGUAGCAGUUAUGUUAAAUAACAUGUGAAAUAACAGCAAGAGUACAGACACUUCCCCCAUUUUGUUUGCUUAACCAUUAAAUAUUAAUUCAAACGGCUUUUGCCCUAGCGAUAAUU